AUGUCGUCACCGAAGGUCUUGGUUGUCGGCUGUGGUAUUGCCGGCCCCGUAGUGGCCUGCCUCCUCAAGCAAAAAGGCUAUGAGCCCAUCAUAUUUGAAAGAACCGAAGCACCAAGUGAUGUCGGGGCAUCCUUGAUGAUUUGCCCCAACGGCCUGAAAGUCCUCAAUUCUAUAGGCUCAAUUCCCGAUAAGCUCCUCCAGAACGGCCCAGCCGUCCUUGAGUUGUGCGAUUACAAGGCUUCUGGGGAGGUUCUCGGCCAUUCAGACAUCCCAACCGAGUUUAUGGAACGAUAUGGCCAGCCUGCUGUCGGCGUGAAGCGGACACUGAUCACAUCCUGGCUACGAGAGUUGGCCAUUGAGAAGAAUAUUGAGGUUAGGGAGGGUUGGAAGCUUGAGCAGAUUCAGGAAACAGACAAUUCUGUGACUGCGGUCUUUGAAGGGGGCAAGUCGGAGACCGGAUGUUUUCUGGUUGGGUGCGAUGGGCUGAAGGCGGCAACCAGGAGGCUGUUGCUGGCGCGGGGCGGCAUUGAAGAUGGUGCGCCUACAUUUACGGGACUCACCCAGACCGCUGGUAUUUCACCAACACCUGAGCCCUUCCACAAAGCCCCCGGUGCCAGAAAUUGGUAUGGCGAGCUGAGCCACAUCAUCUGUUACCCAAUUACUCACGAUAGGACCUCCUGGGGUUUGACAUUACCUGGUGACCCUGUGGAAGAAGCCGCGUGGGGGCUGUUCGGUGACGAAAAGAGGGAGGUAGAGAAAGAGCAGAUAAGCAAGAUGUUGCGGUCCAAAAACUGGGAUCCGGUGGUGUUGGAAAUGGUAAAUUCCGCGGAACGGCUGAUCAAAUAUGGCAUUUACGACCGCCCAGAACUGGAAGCACAGAAGUGGUACUCGGGCCGUUGUGUCAUGGUUGGUGAUGCGGUCCAUCCAACGAGUGUUCAUCUCGGCCAAGGAGCCAACCAGGCUUGGUGA